AAAUCGUGGGCGUUGAAAGGUUUUAUUUUACCACACAUGACAACUGCCACACAUGACAGCUGAUCUGUGGCAGGGAAGACAGGUCACGAUGUUACUGCUACUACUGUUUGGUUGCCAUCUGAUGGUUGCCAUGGCUGAUCAUAAAAUAGGCGGUGAUUUGGCUUCAUACUUCAACCUGACGGAUAGUCAAUUGGACGCAAUCAGAUUAGAAGCUCUGACAAUAUUAAAGAAUGAAACUGAUUUACGUGACAGCUGCGACGAUCUAGAUGAAGCUGCGAACGCAGCAGGCUCUACUAUACAACAGCACAGCUCCAUCACCUACACCUCCCUCGACAGCACUCGCCGGGGAGAGGAACAUCGGCUCAACGUCAUCAUAUCGACGCUUAUUUUAAAACUAGUUCGGCAAUUAGGUGACGUACCAACGUCAAUUUUGGAGGAAGGAUUUGGACCCGAGGUCAUAUGUGACGUGGAAUACACAUGCAACACGAAAUCCGCCUUCCGGACAGCCGAUGGCCAUUGCAACAACCUCGAACACACAUCGUGGGGGAGGUCGUUUAUUCCAAUGAGGCGAUGGAUGACUCCGGUAUAUGAGGACAAUGUGUCGAGCCCGAGAAAGUUUGCCGUGUCGGGAGCGCCUAAUCUGUUACCCAGUCCUCGGACCGUCAGCACUACCGUCCACAUCCCUUCAACAGACGCCGACCUCAGCGCCAACUUCACCGUCAUGUUGAUGCAGUGGGGUCAGUUCCUGGACCACGACAUCACCAGUACUCCCGUUCAACAGAUAAGGCAUCCUGGAUGUAGCCAUUCCUCAACGGUUGCUUGUUGUGAAGGCCUUUCUGAAAGUGGAGGCGUACCACAGCACGAAUUAGACAAAAGACCCCAGUGCCUUGCUAUUGACAUCGUGCAGCCUGACAGACGCUUCAAUUAUACUUGCAUGAAUUUUGUGCGCUCCGUGCAAAUUGAGAACGCCAACUGUAAAUCAGCCCCUGCAGAGCAGCUGAACCAGAUCACAGCCUACAUAGACGCCUCACAGGUGUACGGGUCGUCACAGGUGGAACAGAACAAGCUACGAACAUUUGUUGACGGAAAAAUGAGAACUGUAGACGACGAAUUCCUGCCGGAAGACACGGAGAAUGAAAACGCUUGCAGGACUCAGACCUCGCCAGAUUACUGCUUUCUUGCCGGUGACCAUCGAGUGAAUGAGAACCCUGGGCUGCAGAGUAUACAAACCAUUUUUAUGAGGGAACACAACCGUUUGGCCACCGCCUUGAAGGACCUGAACUGUCACUGGGGGGAUGAGAGGAUAUUCCAGGAAGCCAGGAAGAUCGUUGGGGCCUUCAUGCAGAAAAUAACCUACGGAGACUACCUGCCUAGUAUCAUCGGAGAUCAGAUGAAUGCGCGUGAACUGACGCUCGAGACGUCAGGAUACUCCAACGUCUACGAUAACGAAACCGAUGCCAGCAUCAGGAACGCUUUCGCAACAGCCGCCUAUAGGUUUGGUCACUCCAUGGUCCGACUAUUCUUAUCUAGUUAUAGUCCAGCAUAUGACAAUCUUGGGCAAGACCAACUGAGGGAAGUGUUCGAUAAUACCCAUCUUAUUAUAAGCGAAGAGAACAGAACUGUCGGUGGCUUUCUGAGGGGCUUGGUAACAGAAUGUGUACAGUCCGUAGACGGUAAAGUAUCUAUAGAGUUGACCGAUCACCUGUUCCCUGACGGUAACAGAAGCAUGGACCUUGCAUCGCUCAACAUCCAGAGAGCACGUGAUCACGGCAUACCCGCCUACACUAAAUGGAGGACGUUCUGUGGGCUUCCUGGUGCAACUGAUUUCGACGGCUUGUUGACGACCCAUUCGAAUGCCUCUACUGUCAAGCUUGCGGCAGCAUACGAGCAUGUGGACGACAUUGACCUGUGGACAGGGGGACUGACUGAAGAACCUGUAACAGGUGGAGUCGUCGGACCAACAUUAGCCUGCCUCCUCGGGAGACAAUUUGAGGCUCUCAGGAAAGGAGACCGAUUCUGGUUUGAAGAAGACAAUGACUACGCUAAAUUCUCCCCCGAUCAACUGGCUGAAAUCCGCAAGACAAGUUUGUCCCGAAUAUUCUGCGAUAACACCGACACUGUCAGUAUACAGGAGAAUGCUUUCGUCAAGGGUGAUAAGGUACCCUGCGGCUCCCUGGAGACGGUGGACCUGACCCCCUGGAAGGAGGAACUGGGGGCAUGGACCCCUUGGGCACCAUGGGGAAAUUGUCACGAUCAUGUCCAGACACGAGUCCGGGCCUGUUCACCCUGCAACUGUGGUUGUGAUGGUCCAAACGUUGACAGUCGUUACUGCCGUUGUUGAGUCCUGUUACGGGUCUCCUGAACCCAUCCGGGCACUCCGCGUGUAUCAUACGGCAUACGGACUUUAUGUCUAAGUAGUCCAGCUUCUAAAUGCCUCUCAAGGAAGACUUUAUGUCUGUAAAACAUGUAUAAUGUAUUUCUCUAACGACAUUCAUGGGUUUUUUUAAACUCUGACAGCAUACAAACUUUAUUUCUCUAACUACAUACAGAUUUUAUGUCUCUUCAUACAGAAGCCCUGGUACAAGCAGGCAUCUUAUUGUACAUCAAAAGUAUUCAAUAAAACAAUGAUACAUGCCUA